UAGAGAAUACGAGGAGACCUUGAAGGCAGCAUAAACCUUGUGGUUGUGUUGACGAGGUGAAGUGAGCUGUGUGUCUGCAGCGUUGAUGUUUUUCACUCGUAGAUAGAACUUUAUUCGCACUAUGUACCAGGAGGUUCGAUUGCCGGACUGCUCCAGGCAAAGAGAUUGAAAGCACGGAUGAGCAGACCUGUAGCCGCGCUAUGCUACAUCAGGAGGAGCAGCAGAUGUAGCCCAGCUACGCUGUUAGCAUCGUCGUUCCAGUUUGAGAGCAUCCGUGGGUCCAACUCGUAGACAACAAACCGCCUGUGGCAACACAUAGAUCAAUGAAAUGACUUCAGCCUCCACUAAAGUUGGGGAGAUCUUCUCUGCAGCUGGGGCUGCUUUCACUAAACUAGGAGAGCUCACCAUGCAGCUUCACCCAGUGGCAGACUCCAGUCCUGCAAGCGGUCUGACAAAGAGCACAGUGAAGAGGAAGCUGUAUGAAGACGGAGCUCUUCCCACUUCCUCUGAUGGGCCCAAGAGGGUCAUCAAAAAAGCCAUAGUUACUGUUUCCAUGGCAACACAGGGCUCCCCAGCCAUCAUCUCUGUGCCAACAGCUCAGGUUGUUGUACCAUCAGGAGUACUGGGUCCUCCCUCCAACCAGGCCCCCCUCAAGAAACAAAAGACUGCAGACGUUACCCUCAGUGCUCUGAAUGACUCAGAUGUCAACAGUGAUCUUGUUGACAUUGAGGGACUGGGUGAGGCGUCCAACUCCAAAAAACUCAACAACUUUGAUCAAGAUAACCUCAACCUGGACUCCAGCCUCAUCAUGAAUCCAAGUGAUCUUCCUCUGCUCUCCCGUUGACCUCUUACUUCCUCUGACUUUCAUGCGUUGAUAAACAAAACUAUGAAAAUAAGUUGUAAAAAAAUGGCUGAUCCAUUGUGCCGAUGAUGCGGACCACAAACUUUAGAGUACAUAUAGCAUAGUUAUGUUGGAUUUUUAGAUUCUGUGAUAUCAAGAGAAUGCAGCAGAGAAACCCCAGCUUAAUUGACAAAGUAAAACACUUGUUUAGUAUUUCAUGUUCAAGCCAGUUUUAACACAUUUUGAAAGUGACUAGUAAGAUAUUACCAUAAGAGGAGUUAGACUUGUAGUCAAGAUUUAGCACAACAAAAACAUUUUGGAGGAAUGUAUGGUUUAUUUUAGGGAGUUGUCUUCCUUCAUCAUAACAUGAAAGUGUUAGUAGUGAGAAGGACAGUGUCAGAUCAUCCACGAUGUUAUUUUUAUUCCAGCCAGGUGAAGUUGCUAAUCCUUUUUGAGGCCUUGUACCUGAAGAAAACAUCGUCAUCAUCAUCUAGAUAAAACAUGUUGUUGUGGAGAGUGAACAUUUUGUUAGACUGAGAUAUUAAAGUAGUGGAAAGUCACUGAUAUAUAAGUGUGGAAGCUAGUUUUCUGUAGCAUGUAUUUAAAUGUAUUUUGUAAAUACAGAACAACAAAAUGUCGACUUAGUAGCUUUUUGCAGAACUUUACUUCUUCUUUGUCUGCACAUUCCUCCUAAGAACGUGACUAUUCGAAACCAGUGGUGACACUUUAUUUUAUCUGACAUGCCAAAUAAUUUCAGGUAAAUUGUCUGUGCUUGGCUCAUUUUACCACAGACUCAACCUAAAACUCCGCACUGAAACUUGGGACUUACUCCUACAUUUGCAGACUGUCCUGCUAAAACUUGAACAAACAUGAGACGGUGUAACAGUUCAGAAUCAUCCUGUUGUAACCGACUAUGAAUGUGUGUCUUACCUACAGCUGUAUCCAAACAUAAUAACGUGAAACUCGC